AUGAGUUGGGUGACCCGAUCUUACAAUCCUCCUGAGCGCACCCGAAAUGACUAUACCGUGGCUUGUAUAUGCCCCAUGGGCGUCGAGCUCGCCCCAGUUGAGGCUUUGCUCGACGAGGUGUACCAACUUCCUCCCCUCGGAGUGGACCCUCUUCGCCCGCGCCUGAGGCGAUCCGACCAGCCAGCCUACACUGUGGGGCGCAUUGGAGCCUAUAGAAUUGUCGUGGCCGCUAUGCCACGAAUUGGAAAUAAUAUCGCCGCAGCUGUGACAACCCAGCUGCAUUCCGAUUUCCCCUUCGUGGAGUUUUGCUUCCUUGUCGGUGUUGGUGGGGGAAUUCCUGCUGAUGCUGACGACCACGAUAUUCGGCUAGGAGAUGUUGUGGUCAGCCAGCCUUCAGGAGUGUCCGGUGGUGUCAUACAAUACGACCUUGGGAAGAGAACAUCAUACGGUUGUUUUGAGCGUACAGGAAUGUCAGCCCGCCCUCCGGCCAUCCUAAGCGCAAAUGUUGAACGAUUGAAAUCCCUACAUCGACGAGAAGGAAGCCGGAUCCCACAAUUCCUUGCGCAGAUGCUAGAGAAGUUCCCCAACAUGACGAAAGACUAUACUCGUCCGGCUGUAAUUCAAGACCAACUCUUCAAUACUUCAUAUCACCAUCAGGGUGGCCUGACCUGCCAAAAUUGCGACCCUUCACAACUCGUCGCGCGAAGCAAGCGCACUUCUCACGAUCCUCAGAUUCACUAUGGAAACAUCGGUUCCGGAAAUACUGUCAUCAGAGACAGUUAUACCCGUGAUGCCCUGAAACGAGAUCUAAACAUAAUUUGUGUCGACAUGGAAGCAGCCGGAUUAAUGGAUGCCUUUCCCGGUCUUGUCAUCUGA